AUGGCUUCAACACCACACCCGCUCGCGCUCCCGCCAACCCUGUCUCCAGAUGCUCUCGAUACGCUCACCGAGCUCACGACAAUCCUCACACGUCUUCGCGCCGCGGUCCACGCUUCCAACCCUUCCGCCAAUGCAGGCGGCAUCACGGGCGCCACGCCCUUGCCCACGGGGGCAACGCCCAACCCACUCGGUGCCAGUCCCGGCGGCACCAAUGCAAUGACGCUGCGAGAGCUCUCGACGCAGACCGAUGCCCUGAAACACAAGCUGCAGCGCGCGAGGACACAGCUCAAGUCCCUGCCGGAUAUGGAGCGAGAUAUUGAGGAGCAGGAGGACGAGGUUCGCCAGGUCGAGGAGAAGAUCAGGGUGCAACGCGAGGUGCUCGAGAGGUUACGGGAGCGUGGCGUGCAAUUCGGCAAGGACGGCGAGAAGAUGGAAACAGACUAA